CAUAAAGAGUGGGAAUCCAAAACUGAAACCAGUAGAAUUAAGCUCAAGAAAAUGGGCCCCGCACCACUCUCUAAACCCCUAAUAAAUCCUCACCCUUCUCACAUAGAUACACGUAGCUUCACUCGAUUCACAGGUCGCCGACACUGACGGCGGCCGCCACGGACCACGAUACUCUCACGACACAGUCUAUUUCUUCGUAAUUUGCAGUUUAUUUUGACUCAAGUGGAUGGCUGCAAAAUUGCAAGCGAAAGAUGCAGAGGAAUGGACUUACAGAGGAGAAGGAGCUGUGAAUCUUGUUCUUGCUUAUUGUGGAAGCUCUCCUCAUUUUGUUGGAAAGAUUUUAAGGAUACAAAAAGUUUCAAAUGAUAGGCAUGAAUGUGAGAAUGGUCAUUCAGCUCUAGUGAACCAUGAAUCCCUCUUGUGGGGAAAAUUUGAAGGCAUUGUUUCAGCACCUACAAAGGAAAUUGCGGAGCAUGUUUACGCGCAGAAAGUAAUGUGCCCACUCUUGGGAUCAGAGCAUGUUGACGCAGGGAUCCAUGUUCUUGUGUCAAGAGAAUUUUUGGAGGCAGUUGACAGCAAGGUUCUUUGCCAGCAUCCAUCAUGGCGUGUUGAUGCUGCCAGAGUUAAUCCCCUUCGUGACUCGGUUCUUCUAAUUGCUGAUCAUUCAGUGUUUCCUCAUGUUUCAGGAUCUCUCAAAGAGGAUUUCUGUGUGUCGGUUGAGAUAAAGCCCAAAGGCGGAUUUCUUCCUACUUCAGAAUUUAUAGCUGAGGGAAAUGCAGUUAAAAAGAGAAUUAUUCGAUUUAAGAUGCACCAAGCUCUAAAAUUAGAUCAAGGAAAGAUAUCUCAAAUAAGUCAAUAUGAUCCUCUAGAUUUGUUUUCUGGAUCCAAGGAUAGAAUACAACGAGCAUUUGAAGCCCUCUUUCUUACACCUCAGAAUAAUUUUCGGGUUUUCUUAAAUGGUUCGAUUAUUUUUGGAGGCAUGGGGGGCACUGCAGACAGCACUAGUUCUGCGGUUGCUCAAUCAUUCCAUGAUGGACUUAAACAUGUUAUUUCAGCAAAGGAUGGGAUGCACAUCAAGGGUUUAGUGGAUCUUCUCACUGAAACUAUUUUUAAGUCUGGCUUGUUGAAUCGGCUUCUUGAAGUACAGAAGCUUGAUACUAUUGAUAUAGAAGGUGCAAUUCAUGCCUACUAUGACAUUAUUUCUCAGCCUUGCGUGGUCUGUCGGAAAAUAGGUGGAAAAAGAUUCUCAGCAAGAUAUUCAUUAAUUCAUUCAAUGCAAAGGGAUGAUAAAGUGAAAAUUGUGAGGGAUUACUUGAUAUCAGCAACUGCAAAGGACUUAAGUAUGAUGAUUAGUUUCAAGCCCAAAAUAAAUUUGGAUGAGGAGUCUCCACAUCGUGCCGUCUUUCUGGAAACAAGCAAGCAAACCUUUUGUUACAAGGUGGACACCAAUUGAUCCUUCUGUAUGUUAUUAUAAUUAUUUUUGGGAAUCAAUAGUUUGUCUUAUGUAUGGCAUAUUGAGGCAGGUUUUGCUUGUGAUAUAGAAUCAUGAACUUGUUAAACUCCGGGAAAUUUUUUUAUUAACAAUAACACUUUUGUCUCA